GCCAGUACCAAAGCGCUUCUCUUAUCAAAGAAACACAACCGAAAACUGCAUUCAAUCACCGCUUUUAACAUGGGUACUGCUUGUUUUUUCUGGGACUUUUGUUUGUUUUUCGUCCUCAUAAAUACUUGUGCUGUGACGGGAAACGUUGGACUUGCAGAUGUGGACGAAUGCUCCGAGGGCACCGACGACUGUCACAUCGACGCCCUCUGCCAGAACACGCCCAAGUCCUUCAAGUGCAUUUGCAAGCCGGGCUACAAGGGCGAUGGCAAGCACUGCGAGGACAUGGACGAGUGCGACAAUGAUUAUACAGGAGGCUGUGUCCACGAGUGCAUCAACAUCCCGGGCAACUACCGGUGCACGUGCUACGACGGUUUCAUGCUGGCCCACGACGGACAUAACUGCCUGGAUGUUGACGAGUGCCUGGACAACAAUGGCGGCUGCCAGCAGAUCUGCCUGAACACCAUGGGCAGCUACGAGUGUCUGUGCAAGGAGGGCUUCUUCCUGAGUGACAACCAGCACACGUGCAUCCAUCGCUCUGACGAUGGGAUGAACUGCAUGAACAAGGACCACGGCUGUGCCCACAUCUGCAGGGAGACGCCCAAGGGGGGCCCGGCGUGCGAGUGCAGGCCUGGGUUCGAGCUGGCCAAGAACCAGAGGGACUGCAUAUUGACUUGUAACUAUGGAAAUGGAGGGUGCCAGCACAACUGCGAUGACACGGACGCGGGGCCCGUGUGCGGCUGCCAUCAGAAGUAUGCGCUUCACUCGGACAGCAGAACCUGCAUCGAGAGAGAUGAGGCUGCAAUUGAGAGCUCUGAGUUCAAUUCCACGUCAGUAGCUGAUGUGGACAAGCGGGUGAAACGGCGCCUACUUAUGGAAACCUGUGCAGUGAACAAUGGCGGGUGUGACAGGACAUGCAAGGACACCGCCACCGGAGUGCGCUGCAGCUGUCCCGUGGGCUUUACCUUGCAGCCCGACGGCAAAACCUGCAAAGACAUCGACGAGUGUCAAGAGAACAAUGGCGGCUGUGACCACUUCUGCAGGAACACGGUGGGGAGCUUCGAGUGCAGCUGUCAAAAGGGCCACAAGCUGCUGACGGAUGAGCGCAGCUGCCAAGAUAUUGAUGAGUGCUCCUUUGAAAGGACAUGUGACCACACAUGCAUCAACUACCCAGGCAGCUUUGAGUGUGUCUGUCAGAAGGGGUACACUCUCUACGGGCUCACGCACUGCGGAGACAUCGAUGAGUGCAGCAUCAACAACGGAAGCUGCGAGCACAGCUGCCUGAACACCCAGGGCAGCUACGAGUGUGUGUGUCUGCCCGGGAAGAAGCUGCACUGGAAUAAGAAGGACUGUGUCGAGGCGGUGAAGUGUCUCCCCAAUGGAAAGCCCACCCCCAAAGCCCAGCUGAGCUGUGUCAAAACGGGAGGAGUAGAGACGUGCUCGCUCUCCUGCCCCUCCAACGCCCUCUUCGUUGCAGACUCCGAGAACAGCUACUCCCUCAGCUGCGGGGUCCCUGUGCAGCCUGGGAAAACGCCGCAGAAGAGGAACGCGACCUCUGCCAUACUGAGCUGUGCAGACACGUUGGUCCCACCCAUCAAGCAGAAGGCUCGAUUCAAGAUCAAGGAUGCAAAGUGUCACCUCAGACCUCGCAACAAGGAGAAGUUCAAGGAGAACUCCAGGCAGAUGCUGCAAGGGGGCCAGUUCCCCUGCACUGACGACUGCCAGGUGACCUUCGUCAACCUCAAGUGCGACUCGUCUAAGAAGCGCCGGCGGGGCCGCAAGUCCCCCUCCAAGGAGGUGUCCCACAUCACUGCGGAAUUUGAGAUGGAGAUGAAGGAGGAGGAGGCCUCAGAAUUGUGUAACAUGGACUGCGUGAGGGAGAAGAUGAAGCAGAAGCUGCAGAUGGCCAUGAGGACCCUCAGGAAGUCCAUCAACAAGCAGCAGUUCUACAUCCAGUUCUCGGGCACGGAGUACGAGGUGGCCCAGAAGCCCGCCAAGCUCGUGGAGAACCAGGAGGCCUGCAGCACCGGCCAGGUCCUGCGGGACAGCAAAUGUGCCAGCUGCAGCGUGGGAACUUUCUACAGUGGGGAGCAGGAAGACUGUGUGCAGUGUCCACCGGGCACGUACCAGGACAUGGAGGGGCAGUUGUCCUGUGAGCCCUGCCCCAGCACAGAGGUCCAGGGCAUCGCCGGCGCCAAGAACGUGUCCGAGUGUGGAGGCCAGUGUCCCCCAGGUCACUUCUCCUCGGAUGGCUUCCGACCCUGUCAGCCCUGCCCCCUCGGGACAUUCCAGCCCGAGCCCGGUCGGGUUCUCUGCUUUCCCUGUGGUGGGGGCCUUAUGACCAAAUAUGAGGGGGCAGUGUCCUUCAGGGACUGCGAGGCCAAAGUGCACUGUGCUCCUGGACACCAUUACAACUCCACUACACACCGCUGCAUCCGCUGUCCUGCUGGAACGUACCAGUCAGAGUUUGGCCAGAACUACUGCAUCACCUGCCCCGGGAACACGACCACGGACUUUGAUGGUGCCACCAACGUCUCGCACUGCAAGAAUCAGCUGUGCGGUGGGGAGCUGGGGGACUACACCGGCUACAUUGAGUCGCCUAACUACCCCGGCGACUACCCCUCCAACGUGGACUGCGUCUGGAAUAUCAACCCUCCACCCAAGAGGCGCAUCCUCAUCGUUGUGCCAGAGAUCUUCCUGCCCAUUGAGGACGAGUGUGGCGACGUACUGGUCAUGAGGAAGAGUGCCCUUCCCACUUCCAUCACGACCUACGAGACCUGCCAGACGUACGAGAGGCCCAUCGCCUUCACCUCCAGGUCGCGCAAGCUAUGGAUCCAGUUUAAGUCCAAUGAGGGGAAUAGCGGCAAGGGCUUUCAGGUGCCCUACGUCACAUACGAUGAGGAUUACCAGCAGCUGAUAGAAGAUAUUGUCCGAGAUGGACGACUGUAUGCAUCAGAGAAUCACCAAGAUAUACUAAAAGACAAGAAGCUGAUUAAAGCCCUGUUUGAUGUACUGGCCCACCCUCAGAACUACUUCAAGUACACGGCCCAGGAGUCCAAAGAGAUGUUUCCCAGAUCCUUCAUAAAGCUGCUCCGCUCCAAAGUCUCCAGGUUUCUACGGCCGUACAAAUAGUGUGGCGUCUUCCUCUCAGCCCAUCCUGCCUAAAUCCCACACCCGGCAUUUUUACCCAGAAUCCUCACAGAAAAUAAUUAGAAUGCUGACAUGACCCCCUCUGCCUGCAUUUCGCUCGCAGUCCUCGUUUUGACUUUAAACAUAUUCCGUGUAUUCCGUUUUUGCCAAGGAAUAUUUAUAUGUACUAGAACUUGCAGAAGCCUGCGUCAUGGAUGUUUGAUAUGUAUAUGUGUGUACAUAUAUGUACGUGUUCGAAUGUACACACAUACUGUAUGAAUGUGUACAUUUAUACACGUAUAUAUAGAUAUAUUUUUCUUUGUUUUCUUUAAUGAGAUUCCUGAUGUGCGCAAGAUUGAGGUUAUAAAAUUAUUAGUGCACUUAGUCUUUUUUUUUUUAGUUAUUUUUUUAUUUUACGAAAUGUAAAAAUGACGUCAUAACUCCAGAACCAUUCCAUUGCUGAUCUUUCUCACUGAAAGAACAGUGACUACACGGCUGCGUAAAAACAAGUCUAUAUAUUAGAUUAAAGGGGGGGGGGGGGGGGGGGAGGUUAAGAUUAAAAACUACCUGCGAGUAACAGAUGUUACAAUAGAAAUAAAUGUAUGUGAUGUUACUAAUAUUUGGAACUUUAAUUGCACUUGAAUUUUAUAUUGUAAACUGUAGAAAAAGAGAUCUAAGUUGCAUUUCCUUAUGUUUGUGUUGUAUAGAAAUUUAUUGCCUUGGUUGUAGAAAAGAAAGAAAGCAAGAUUUGUCGUGGCCAUUCUGGGUCUCCGUGACACCCGCUGUCACUUGGCGUGACCUGGUUUCACGGAGAGGAGCGGCAUCUCCAGACCUCUGCAAGAGUUGCAGUCCCUGAGACAUAAAACAUGAUGGCCCCUCAACCCCCAUAAAAUAUCUUGUUUUUUUGGGAUUCCUUCCGAUCUGAUCUCUAGGGUACCAUGAAGAAGGAACUUUCCACCGUGUUCUGAUGAGUACUAAUUGAAUUGUCUCUGCUGCUCGUUUAAGAGGUGGAGUCCCUGGUGAAUGUUUGGCCGGGAUGCCCCCCCCCCCCCCCCCCCGCCUCUUUCUGCCCAGAUGUAGGACAGCAGUGUUCUGGUUAUGUGUCAUGGCUUCCAUCUCGUGUUUCAGUCUCCUCUGCUUGAUGGUUCAUAUUUAUAAAACCGUGACACCCUCCUUAUGAUACGCCUAUUUUUGUAAUCUAAAAUCUGACACUUACCAAAGUAACUAAAAUAUAGACUGGGGAGGGCUGAUCCUGGACAGAUGCCACCAAGUAUUGAUCCCGGGUCAUGAACCCUAUCUUAAUCACAACCGUUUUCUGAAUGGAUCUGAAACUGGGUCAGUGCUUUGGGGCACGUUUUAGUUCCGCUAUGUGAUGUUGGAUGGGUUAGGCCAGCGAAUCACAUUCAGCUUGUUUCAAUGGCUGGAGCUACUUGGUGUAAAGGAAAGGAGGGGGAUCGGUCUGUUGGUGUCGGCUUGUUUUUCAUAAACGGAGAAUUUCAGCGUCGUAAAAUUCUUUGAGGUGGACACUGCCAAAAGAUUAAAUAUAUUGAAAUUUGCUGAGCUUGAUGUGAGGUUUGGCAGUGCAAGAUGGGUUCUUUCUGAGAAUCUAUAGCAUGGGCAUACAUUCUGCAGUGGUUUAUGAAUUAUGCCAUGUGUGUUUGUGCAUGAGUAAAAUGGAGAAAGAGAGAGAGAGAGAGAGAGAGUACACGUUCGUAUGAGUGAAAGGGAAGGAGAGAGAGGUGAUGGUUCUUUACGUCCUUGGUUUGAACCCCGUCUGUUUAGGACUGUAAUAUUUGGCUGUUUACUUGGUUUGUACCCAAAGAGAAAGUUUACUUCCAAAGUGCUGAGAAAGAGUUUGCUUCAUGAUGGGGAACGUCAAGUAGGAAACGUCUGAGUGGAUGAGCAACAAAUAUUUGAAGGCAUGAACAUUUUUCAAGAUUAUGUUUACCCACCCUGCCCAAUACUUAGUUCCCAAUCUUGGUUAGUAUUUGUGUCCCUGCUUAGUCACAUUUGCUUUGGCCUCACAGUGCAUGUGCAAGGCCCACGUUGUAUCCUAAUGUGGUUCUGGUGUAAGCAUAAAUCAAAAGUGUGUUCCUGAUUCUGGUUGGUCCCUGUGAACUAGACACUGUGGAAGAUUUGUUUGCUACAGGCAGAGCCCCAUGUUGGGGGUUUAGGAAUCUGUGCGGACUUAUAACUCUGAAGAGAAGAUGCUGCAUUUAGCUUAUACCAUGCUGUCAGUUACCCAUUAUAAUUUGCCUAACUGAAUAGUAAUGUUUCGCUAUCUAUAUUAAUCAUCUGGUUUCGGUUAUCAGUAACAUUUUCUCACUCAGGACCAAUACAUGCAGCGAAGAUAUAUAAUGUUAUACGGACUGGAGACAAGAAAGCGAUUCGGCAAGGUUUUGUCUAGUGAGCACUUACCAGUUAUGCACUCUGUCACGUUUCUGGAUCUUCAGCACCGUUUGCGUUGUACCUUCAGGUCUACCUUAGAGCUGAACAAGCGGUUACGUCAUCCAGACCAAAGAGCAACAAAGCAGGUUACACUGUCGUCACAGUACAAUGCUGCUCAUCGUCUGGUAUUUUCAGUCCAUACGGAUUUGUGACAGUAUUUCGGUCUGCAGUCUGCCACACAGUCCCUUUUUACUUUACUUACUGUGUAGUCUGCUUUCCUCAACCGUGAUAAGUGUAUUUAUGACGGGAUGGGCAGCUAGACUUUAACACUUUAAUAAGCUGGUUAUUGCCAAAUGUUUUCUGUUACAUACAGCAUUCAUGAAUAUCCAUGCCUUCCAAGGUUGACUGAUGUGAACCAUGUUUUGGUUAUAAUGCGAGCGUAUGAAGUUUCAGAAGCGAUCGUGUAUACAUUUUUACACAUGACCUCAAGUGCCCUGGAGUCAGUCCACAUUCUUCGAGAUGCCCUGUCACGUUCAGUUAAAUGUACGUGAAAUGUGUAAAUGGGUCCAGUCGAGAGAUAAUGUGUAACAUAUGUUUUCCAGUUUUGCUGGGAGUCCAAAGCUCAAAUAUGCUUCUUUCCAUUUGAGUGGAAGUGGAUUGAAUCACCCCCCCCCCCCCCCCCCCAAAGCCCCUCACAGUGAAAUUCCUACCCCUGUCACGCUGACCUUUUUACUACAUAAGAAAUUUAAACCAAGACAUAAAUUUCUAGAUUGCUGCUGGUCACUUUGUAAGCUUUAUAAUUACCAAUAUGUAAAUGAUGUACAAAUGGUAGCUAUUUUUUCAGUUUGAUUAUUAAGUUAAUAUUUACCUUGUUAGAAGGAUUAGUGAUGGAGAGAAAAUGACCUGAAAUAAAUUACAUGCUUUUCGUGGUAUCGGUUGCGGUACCUUCAUAUUGUUCUCUGUAACAAAUGAUAUUCAGUAUUGUACAAAUGUUCCACGCGGCCUGUGCCGGAUUUAUAAAAUAUGGUCUUGUUUUUGGCUUAUUUUCUAUCCAACAUAAAAUUCCAGAAAGCUGAAAACCUCACAAGUGGCGAAGUAGGUCAAAAGGAAAAAUAUUGUUAAGAUCUCACUUUGAUAAUAAAUCGCACAAAACUGGAA